UAUUUGUUUGGAGUUCCUCUCCAGGCACAUGUUACAAAGAUUCUUGAUCAAGGUCCUUGGAAUGUCUGUGGUUCACUUCUCCUCUUAAAGCCUUGGUCCCCUGAUCUUGCCCUUGACGAAAUAAACCUCCACCUCUGCUCAUUUUGGGUUCAAGUUCAUGGGCUCCCUUGUCAGAACAUGGCUGAUGUCAACGCUAUCAAAAUUGCUCAACGGCUGGGUAAAAUUCUGGCGGUGGAUGACCAUGAUACUACUGGUCUUAUAUGCCAACCUUUUUUACGUUUUCAGGUUGAAUUGGAUUCUGCUCAACCUCUUAUUCCGGGGUUUCACCUUCCUCGGCCUGGUCGUGAUCCUUUGUGGAUUAGUCUCCGUUAUGAACGUCUUAGCAACUAUUGCACGUUGUGUGGGCUCAUUGGACACAAGAAAAUCCAAUGCUCCCAACCCCCUCACCGGCUUAACCCAAAUAAGUACCGUAUUCCCUUGCAGACUUUCUCUUUGGUUGGGCUGCGUCAGAAUCCUUCUCCAUCACGGAAAGACUCGGACUCGGGAAUCUCUUUGGUGGGUACUUCUCAAUCCCACUCGGAUGCUCACUCGAGCCUUGCCUAUGGAGCUGAGUUAGGCCUCCAACUCGUGCCUUGCCAGAACAUCUCCCAUCUAGCCAUCCACGUGGGGUCAACCUUCGGCACUCAUGACAUGCAGAUUUCGUCCCAUACGGAAAUUCAACCUUUUGCACUGUUAUCCUCUCCUGCUGGCCCCUUUCAUGAUGUCAGCUACGUGGCUUCUCCCCAACCACUUCAUUUCCUGCCACUGGAUAUCUGCACUCAAGUGGGUGAAUAUCCCCUUGCAUCCUCAAGCAGCACACACUCAUCUCUCAGUUCUUUGGCUGCCACAUCGCAUCUGGGAUCUUCUAGGUUGUAAGUUGCUGACAAAGGUAAAAGUCCUAUGGUUUUUGUUCCUUUGGCUUCUCCUACUUUCCCUGAUCCAAGCCCCACUUAUUCCCUCACCAAUAUCUCCCACCCUUGCCCAAUUACAAUCAGCUCACCUCUCACCCACCCGGCCCAUUUCACAGACUUCCUGGCUCGAUGGCCACAACCUUUUUCCCCUAGGCCCAUUAUCAAUCCCUCUCGUUAUGCAUCUUCUCCUCACUUUUUUCCCUUGGGCCCUUUUUCUUCCUUCCCUCAAUCCACACGUUCACCCCCUGAGUCAUCGAUUCCACCCCUUUCAACUACAGCACCUCAUCUCUCUUUUGGUUCUCUCCCUCAGAAAAAUACCACUCCACCACUGCAUCCUGUUACCCAUACUACUAACCAGCCACCUUUUCAAAUUCACCCACCUUAGCCCUCAGUCACUCUAACUCCAGUAUCUCUCUCCCUCACUUCCCCUCCUCUUACAGAAACUCCUUCUCCAGUUCCUUCUUCCUCACGGCAGGCCAUCCGCUAUUCCCCUAGACUUUUCCGGUUUCACCCUUACACUAAGC